CUUGGGCACUUCCGGCUCGCCUCAUGCGCAAAACAGAACAGUGGCUCGUAAUGGCUUGAAAGAGCCAAACAUUAUAUAAAAUAAGAGGUGUGUUUAUCGUUGUGGUAAUUGGCAAUUACAUAUGAUGCUAAAAUAGCUAACAUGAUUCAAUUAGCUUAACUAACGCGUUGUGGUUAAUCUUCCUUGCCAACUCUUGUGUGGCUCAGUUGUCUGAUUGGCAAGCUGAGAAACUCAUGCUAGCUAACUGUCUGCAAUUAGCUGGCUAGUUAUGUCUUUCUUUGCCAGUGCCACGUUGAUUUGUUGUAGCCACUUCCUAAAUUAUUAAUGCACAUUCUGUCCGCGGCGAACUACACACCGGCGUGCCUAGUUUGGUAACAUUACUGACUCAUACUUAACGGUUGUACCUAGCUUAGUUGGCUUAAUCGAUUUUGAACUAACCCAGCUGUUACCUAAACUGGGAAUCGUCUUACUUAACUAGCAGAAUCAACUUGAACUUGAAAGAGUGAAGAGAAACGAUGGCGUGUGCAAUGAUACCUCUUGAUGAGCAACAGGUGACAGAGGCUACUGGGCCUCUGGGAAAGGAGCGCACCCUGCCAGCCCUGCAUCCAGACAGGAAGGAGGAGCGGUGUUUCGUGCCUUAUAAGCCCCCUCCCGAGGACAGCUCCCCCGCUCAGGUGGAGGAGUACCUGGAGCAUGGCAAGUUCAUCACUGAGGACCUGGACUGGCUGCUGGCCCUGCGACAUGACAAGUUCUGGUGCCAGGUGGUGUUUGAUGAGUCAUUGCAGAAGUGUCUGGAUUCCUACCUACGCCACUCCCCUCGGGGAUUAGACCCCUCCUCCUUGCCCUCCUCCCCGGCCGUUGCUGACAUGCAGCGCUGCAUCCACCGAGCCGUCUUUAUGACCUUCCUCAGAAUGGCCACGCACAAGGAGUCCAAGGAGAGCUUUAUAACUCCGACUGUGUUCGGAGAGAUCAUUUACAACAACUUCCUGUUCGACAUUCCCAAGAUCCUGGACCUGUGUGUUCUGUUUGGGAAAGGAAACUCCCAGCUGCUACAUAAGAUGAUAGAAAACAUCUUCACCCAGCAGCCGUGUUACUAUGGAGACCUGGAUGAGGCGGUUCUCUCAGUCCUACAGGUGUUGGACACUAUCCUUGCUAAGUGUGGUCUCCAGUGUGAAGGAGCCACUGCCAUCGAGCCUCUGAAGCUCAGCGAACCCAGCCGACCCACCGCCAUGACCAUGAGUCAACAGGACCUAGUGGAUUUGGUGCUGUACCUGUGUGACACCUGUACCACCAUCCAGGCCUUCCUGGACAUCUUCCCUGCUGCCUGCUCUACAUUUCACUGUCACAGCUUCCUCAAUAGACUAGCCUCAUUCUACGAGGUGGCUGUGCCUGACAUAGAGAAGGCUGUAAGGAAAAGAAACUUUGACGACAAGAGUCUCCAGGAGGACCUGUGGAGGAGGGUGUGUCACGCCCGGAGGAGGAUGGUGGAGAUGGCACACCUGCUGCUACAACACACCUGCCUACAGCCCAUACUAGAGGGCUCAGAGAACAUUCAGACAUUUGUGGAGGAACUCCUGCAGCAUUUCACUACUUUCCUACCAGAGAAGAGGUUCCUAUUGGACUACGAUGAGCAGUUCCCCAUAGCUGAUGAUAUCAGUCUUCUACAGCAGGCCUUCCCUCUCCUAGAUGAGACUAGGACAUCAUAUCUGCUCCAGGGGGUGGAGGAUGCCUGGGACAGCAUCGGCCGGAGGAGAACCCAGUACAGACCCCAGCAGACACACUCCUCUGCCGGGCUGACUGGCCAGGGAGUAGAGGGUGGGGCAGGGGCCUGGGGGGGAGAGAUGGUGAUCAGAGAGCCAGGGGAAGAAGGGGAGACCCCCAGAGGAGCAGAGGCCAUGCGGGAUAUGCCCCAUAAAGGAGACAACGGUGCUGCGGGUACGAUCAGUGCGGGGGAGCUGGAGUCUCUGUUAACCCAUAUCAGAGAUCUGCUACCAGACCUGGGAGAGGGAUUUCUACUGGCCUGUCUCCACCAGUACAACUACAGCUCUGAAUUGGUCAUUAACUACAUCCUAGAGGACCGACUACACCCUGACCUGGACAAACUGGACAGAGCCAUGCCCAGGCCGGUAAAGGAGGAGCUGCCUCCUGUACUCAGCACCAGGUCCAACGUGUUUGACGAUGAUGAGUUUGAUGUCUUCAACAGAGACCAGGUGGACAUGACUCGUGUCUGGAAGGGCCGGAGGAAAGGAGAGAGUGUGCGGGACCUGCUAAAUGACAAGCAGCACAUAGCAGAGCAGAAGGAACGCUACCUGACCUAUGAGACUGUGGUGGAUGAGGUCAUCGUGACUCCCAGCGACUCAGGAGCCAUCUACAAUCUGAACGAUUAUGAUGAUGAGUAUGAUGACACAUAUGACAUCAACCAAGUAGGAGCCAAUGAUCUGGACGGAGACUCCAACCUGCUCAACCGCAGGCCGUUCACCGUCCCUCAGGUCCUACGGCAGGGAGGCAGACCACAGAUGCAGGAGGAGAACGUAGAGGAGGAAGAGGACGAGAAGGAAGGCGCUGUGAAGAGAGACCAGUUUGUUCAGGACCCAGCUCUGCUGAGAGAGAGGGCAGAGGCCAGGAGAGCUACCAUGCAACACAGGAAGGGGUUCCGUCCGGAGCCUGCCAGAGAGAGAGACGUGGUGGGUAAACCUAAAGGCCAGGGCCAGUCAACAGAGACUCUUCUGGACCGACGCAAGAAGGAGGCCCACAAGAGCAGGGGAGCCAACCACAACCGCAGGGCUAUGUCCGACCGCAAGAGGAACAAAGGAAUGAUCCCCUCCUGAUAAGUGUUGCCAUUGAGACCAACCAACUGACCUAGCGGACGGUGCAUACAAGACGCGACGACGUGGAAAGGAAGGAAAGAGAGAAAGAUAAUCUGGGCUCAAAGGUCAUGAGCCCUGAUUGAUGUCCUCUUCAUCAGUCAGAUUCUUUCUACCGGGAUUCACCGACCAGGCCAUUUUAUAGGCCUUUUUCUGUUCUCUUUUAGUAAAGACAUUCUAGUUUUCCAUUUUCUAUCGCAAAGGGACACCAAUGAUUAGUUCCAUGAUAACAGAACUUUGGUUGACAAGUGGCCUGUUGGUGGAAUGUUUAGAGACAUGUUUGAAUUGUUUAGUUUCAGUUGUUAAGUCCAAUAAUGUAGAUUAAUUCAGUUAAACCAAAGUGCUGACUGAAUGGAGUGAGUGAAGGACAAGAGAUUUAUUUUUGCCAUGUAACAAAUCCAUUUAUUAAGAUUUGGAGUGAUGGAAUCAUUAGCUUUGACAUCGUCAUCAAAUGAACAAGGAACAUAUGACUAAAACGAGAGAGGGAGACUCCAAUAGGACAAGAGAACCAGUGCGACCGGCCUGACUGUCAGUCUGAAACCGCUGGAUCUGGAAGAACAAUGAAUGUCAGUGACAGGACUAGACAUCAAACUGACAGGCAGACCAGGACCAGGGGUGGCAGCGUGUGUGUGCAAUGUCUGAACGAAGUGAAAGUGUCUGUGGUAGUUCAUAUCUCCUCACCCAGCCAAUCCCCACCCACCAUGGUUCAGCCUCAACCCAAAAAGUGAGCUGCUAUAACAACAGUCGGUGUGUGUUUGGAAGUGCAGCCUAAGAGGUCUGUCUGAGGGACAUUUGGCAUCGAACAGCUUCAAGAGGCUUCUGACUCGCCAUGGACAACUACUUUAUAACAAAAGAAUCCUAUAGAAAGAUCUAUAAGAGCAUUUUUAUAAAAAAUAGAAACAUUACAAUUUGCUUUUUGAAGCUCUUAAGAACAAACAAAAUAAUAAAUACAUUUAAUACUGUG